GUGUCAAUGAUAUGCCAAUGGUAGUCUGAAGUCAGUUUAAUUAUUUUAGUUUCACUUUUUCUGUUGGUGUAAUUCAAGUUACUGAUGGAGGGUAACUGAGGUAUAAUUUGUAUACCUUAAAAAAUUAUAGUCACAAUCCCAAUUCCCAGUCUAAAACGAUUAUGAUUCAAUAGAAAGUUGCAAGAUUUAGUUUUGUUGUUGAUUGACUAAUGAAUAUUUACAGCUUUGGGAGUGUCAUUAUAUAUGAGUGUGAUUUCAAUGUGCUACUUUUAUAAUUUUGGGUCAGCCCUCCAUCAUAAGUAUGAGGCACUGGUGGCUCUGCGUGUUGCUCACAGGACCAGUCUUUUUGAUAAGUGCAGAGUACAUUCCUCCCGGGCCUGCGUAUCCAUGUCCCAAAGAUGCUCAAAGACAGUUGCUAUACCCUUGCACCUGCGAGAAUGGAACGGAUGCAGGGCUGCACAUCCGAUGUGAGAAUGUGGGGCUGGCGGUGCUUAGUGUGGGCCUUGGAAAUAUUGCAGGCCUCGGCUUGCCUAUUGAAAGGCUGGAGCUUAGAGAAUGCAAAAUAGGUAGACUGUUUGGCGCGUUAUUGCGACGGGUGCGUGUGCGGGUGCUGCACAUGGUGGACACACCGUUGCGCACUAUAGACGAGGCCGGCUUCGAGGGCGUAAACAGCACACUACAGGAGCUCUAUAUGCGUAACACAGAAAUGGCUACCUUCCCUAAGGAAGCCUUUAGGAUACUGGGCAACCUAUCGAUCCUGUCAAUAGAUGGGCACUUGAUGCAGUCCCUGGCGCAGGAUAUAUUCGUGGGCAGCGCAGCGGCCGGCAGCCUGUUACGCCUGCACCUUCCCAACGGACUCCUCGCAGACAUACCCCCUGAGGCCUUUCAGCACCUGAAAAAGCUGCGCACGCUGGACCUGCACGGUAACCGACUCUCGGCCCUUAAGCGCAACCAGUUCCGCGGCCUGCGGGACCUCGAGCUGCUCGACCUCAGCUACAACAACAUAACGAAGCUGGACGGCAGUCACAUGGGCGACCUCACUAAGCUGGGCUGGUGCAACGCCAGCCAUAACCUCAUCGCGGACAUACCCAGGGGCAUGUUCGCGCGCAACACGGUCAUCAAGGUGGUGCACCUCGACAACAACCGGCUGCGAAAGCUCGACACCAACGCCUUUCGCGGCAUGCGCUUCCUCAGGCGGCUGUACCUCCAGGACAACCAGAUCGCGGAGGUGGGACGCGGCACCUUCGCGGCGGUGACGCGCAUCGGCACCGUCGACCUCGCGCGCAACCUCAUCACCAAGGUCGACUUCCAGAUGUUCCAGCAGGUCAAAUAUGCCGAGAUAAUAAACCUGGCGGAGAACCAGAUAAGCGUGAUAGAGCAGCAGGCGUUCACUGACCUGUACCAGGCCGUGGUGAACGUGUCGCACAACGCGCUGGCCGACAUAGAGGUGGGCGCCUUCCAGAACUGCAACAACCUGACGGCGCUCGACCUCAGCCACAACCGGCUUGCCGCAGUGCCGCGCGGCGCCUUCGACCUCAACACCUACGCCUUCGUGCUCGACGUCUCCCACAACCGCUUCGAGGACUUCAUGCAGAUCCCUAUCCAAAACAUGUCGGGCCUGAGCGUCCUCAACGCCAGCCACAACGCGCUCCGAGACCUGCCCAAGCAAGCCUUCCCCAAGCUCUACGAGUUGCACACCGUCGACCUCGCUCAUAACAACAUCUCGCUCAUCGGCAACGCCGCCUUCCAGAACCUCUUCUCCCUCAGGUACCUGAACCUGUCGCACAACGCUCUGGAGCGCAUCGGGCCGGCGGCGUUCGGCGCGCUGGCCACCCUGCUGCGGCUGCAAGCUUCGCACAACGGUCUGCGUGACCUCUCUCGCGGCGCCCUCGCGCGCCUCGCCUCCUGCCGCAACAUCGACCUCUCCCACAACCGUCUCGACACCAUCUUUCAGAUACCCAUCAGCCUCAGCGAGCUGGACCUUUCCUACAAUAACCUGACGGAGGUGCGCAGCAAGACCUGGCCCCCCAUGAACGCGCUGCUAUCGCUCGAGCUGGAGGGCAACCGGCUGGGCGAGGGAGAGCUGCCCGGCGACGCCUUUGUGCCGCUGCUCACACUGCAACGCCUGGGCCUGGCGCGCAACGGCCUCGCGGCGCCGCCCUGGCAAGCCCUCAACGCCCUCUCCAGCCUCCAGUAUCUCCACCUCCAGUACAACAACAUAACGACGCUGUCGAAGUCGGCGUUCGGCAACCUGCCGACCACCUUCGAGGUGGACCUGUCGUACAACGCACUGGAGGCCGUGGCCCCCGGCGCCUUCCGCGGCCUGCCGCAGCUGCUGCGUCUGCGCCUCGCCCACAACCGCCUCGCGCACCUGCCCAAUGGCGCGCUGCAGGGACUCGUCGCGCUGCGCCAGCUGGACCUGUCGCACAACGCGCUCGAACGCAUCGACAACAAGACGCACGGCCUGCUCGACGACUGCCUCUCGCUGGAGGAGGUGGACUUGAGUCACAACCAGUUCGGGUCCCUGAGCAAGAAGACGUUCCCGUCGAGCCCGUGGGUGCCGUACCGGCUGCGCGUGGUCGACCUCAGCCACAACCGGCUGCCCGUGCUGACGGCGGACCUCGCGCACGGCACGCGCACUCUGCUCCGCCUCCGCCUCGACCACAACUACAUCGACGACAUCCGUCACGGCGUGCUGGCAAACCUGACGGCGCUGCAGCACCUGGACCUGUCGCACAACCGGCUGCGGGAUCUCGUCUCGCGCACCUCUGAGGCCGAGCUCGUGCUGCCGCGCAACCUGAGCGAUCUUGUGGUCAGCGACAACCUGCUGCGGCGGUUGCCGCUGCGCGCGCUCCUGGCCGCGCCGCGGCUGCGCCGAUUGGACGUGCGCCGCAACGCGCUCGCGGUCUUCCCCCGCGACCUCGUGCGCCGCGUGCGCGACGGCGCCCUGCACGUGCUCUUCGAAGGCAACAAUUUGACUUGCGACUGCGUGACGAGACCGCUGAAGCACCUGGUGUCCCGGCUGACGCGGCGCGAGCUGGCCGACGAGGAGGGCUACGCGGCGCUACGCUGCGCGGAGCCCGCGGCGCUGGCGGGCCUCACGCUGGCCGAGGUGCCGGAGGAGCGGCUGCAGUGCGCCGCGGGCCCGCCUCCCGACCUGCCCACUGACGACGACCCUCUCUACGGUGUGACCGCCGAGCCCGACGUCGUGUUCCGCGACGUGCAGUGUUCGCAGACGGCGGUGUUCGUGUCGUGGCUGGUGGCGAGCGCGCGCGACGUGGCGGAGGCGGCGCUGGUGGUGCGCGGCGCGGACAACGCGGUGCUGCACCGGGAGACGCUGCCGUACCACGUGCGCUCGGCGACGCUGCCGGUGGCGGGGCCGCUGCGGCGCGCGCUGGAGGACGCCGGCGCAGGCUCGCUGCAGGUGUGCGUGCUGCCGAUGACGUCGGAGGGGCGCGCGCUGGACUGGCACGAGACGCAGUGCCGGCAGCUGGAGGGGAGGUUCUCCUCGUGGCCGCGCAAGCUGUCGGUGGACAAGCGGCGGCUGAGCGGGCGGCGGCGCGCGGGGGGCGGCGCGCUCGCGCUCGUCGGCGACUCCAUCCUGCUCACGCUCUGCAUCUUCCUCGGCGUCUGUUUCCGCCGCCUCGCGGACCUCGACCUCUGACCUCACCCGACUAGAAAUCUUGUCAAGGUGAGGGGGGGAGAGAGGGGGUGGUGUAACGAAACAUUGGCUUUAACGUUUCUACUCAUGAUUGAAUCUCGUUGUGAUUUUUUAGUAUUUUUUUACAUUCCAAUUUUUAUAUUUUAUUUCUAGUAUAUAAGACAAAAUGAAUAUAUACAAGU